UUUUUCUUUUUCAUUUGUUUUUUCAAUGGCAGCUUUUUCUUCUUACUGUUCUUGUUGAACGUGGAACAUGGAACCGCAAACCCUAGAAACCAGUUCAAGUAGGGCCAAUAUUCCACCUUAAAUUCUCAUCCACCAACCUACCACUACCAAACGUCGAAGGUUUUCACCGCCGCCGCCUCCUCCUCUUCGCACUCCGUCAAUUGCACGGCUUACUUCCGUUUUCAACUCUUUCUGUUUCUCUACUUGUCCUUGUCUCUCUGUUCUUCCCUGCUUCCUCUUUAGAUUUCGAAAUUUUGAAAUCUAAAACCCUAACUCGCAAAUUCAUUUUGAAUUAACCAAGAAUGUCGUCGUUGAGCAGAGAACUAGUGUUUCUGAUUCUUCAAUUCCUUGAAGAGGAGAAAUUCAAGGAGACCGUUCACAAGCUAGAGCAAGAGUCAGGUUUCUUCUUCAACAUGAAGUACUUUGAAGAGAAGGCGCUGGCCGGAGAAUGGGACGAAGUUGAGAAGUACCUCUCCGGAUUCACCAAAGUCGAUGAUAAUCGGUACUCCAUGAAGAUUUACUUUGAAAUCAGAAAGCAGAAGUACCUGGAAGCUCUUGACAGGCAUGAUAGAGCUAAGGCCGUGGAAAUUUUAGUGAAGGAUUUGAAAGUUUUUUCGACAUUUAAUGAAGAGCUAUAUAAAGAAAUUACACAGCUUUUAACUCUUGAGAACUUUAGUUUGAAUUGGCAACACCAGUUGUGUAAAAACCCAAGGUCUAAUCCAGAUAUCAAAACCUUAUUUACGGACCACAGCUGUUCCCCUCCAAAUGGGGCCCGUGUACCUACCCCGGUAACUCUUCCAGUAGCAGCAGUUGCCAAACCUACAACUUAUGCUCCACUCGGAGCACACAGUGGACCUUUUCCACCAGCAGCUGCAGCUGCAGCUGCUAGUGCUAAUGCUUUAGCAGGGUGGAUGAUAAAUCCUAAUCCUUCCUCAUCAGUUCAAUCAGCUGUUAUUGCUGCUUCAUCAUUAUCUGUUCCACCAAAUCAAGUUGCUGUUUUGAAACAUCCAAGAACACCAUCCAAUACACUUGGGAUGUUGGAUUAUCAAAGCUCUGAUCAUGAGCAGUUAAUGAAACGUUUGAGGUCUGCUCAACCUGUUGAUGAGGUUACAUAUCUGGCUCCUCAACAAGCUUCAUGGUCACUUGAUGACCUUCCCAGAACUGUUGCUUGUUCCAUGUAUCAGGGAUCCAAUGUGACAAGCAUGGAUUUCCAUCCUUCUCAUCACACAUUACUUGUUGUUGGUUGUGCCAAUGGUGAAAUUACCUUAUGGGACAUUGGGAUGCAAGAGAAGCUGGUGUCAAAACCAUUCAAGAUAUGGGAUAUGGCAAAUAGUUCGGUUCCAUUUCAGGCCAGUGUCCCCUUUUUGAGUAACUGAUUUAUAUGAUAUUUCUUGUUAUAUUUCUUAAAAAGUGGAAACCUUUUACUGGUUACUGGUUUAGCACAAAUCAUUUGACAAGGGAAACUAGUCUGUGCUAUUUAUCUGCCAUGCAAAUGACCAAACUGAUUCAUCUUUGUUAUAAAUUUUCCUUCUGGUG